GUCGAUAGCGUUCACUACUCGGAAUGCCACCUAAAGUUGUUGUGUCCGGUAAAGCUGCGAAGAAGGCGUCUAAGGUGAAGGUGCCAAAGACUGAUAAGAAGAAGAAACGUAGAAGGAAGGAGAGCUAUGCUAUCUACAUCUACAAAGUUCUCCGCCAAGUACAUCCAGAUACUGGUAUCUCCUCCAAAGCUAUGUCAAUUAUGAACUCAUUCGUCAACGACAUCUUCGAGAGGAUUGCAGCUGAAGCUAGUAGACUAUCGCAUUACAACAAGAAGUCCACCAUUUCUAGCCGCGAAGUACAGACUGCUGUUCGUUUGCUACUCCCUGGUGAGUUGGCCAAACACGCUGUAUCAGAAGGCACAAAGGCGGUCACCAAGUACAGUGGAUCCAAGUAGAUUUCGUAAGGUGUAGAGAACGCAUCCACGGCCCUUUUUAGGGCCAACAAAUGAUGAUUCCUAGAUUGUCUUGUUUUAUUUAAGUAAAAUAUUCCGUUUCGUUGAUGGC